GCCUAGAGCGGCAGGACCUGGAGCUCUCCGCGAUCACGCGUGGCCUCGACGACUGCGUGUGUCUCUUCACGGACGACUUCCAGGCGCGCUUGGUCACGCAGACCGCACAGGCUGCUCCCCCGCCAUCGCCGGAGGAGACCCUGGGCUCGGUGGAGGGGUUCAAGAAGUUCCUGCACUACCUCGGACUCCGGCUCAACCAUGAGUUGGCCUGGGAACAGCUGGGUAUCCCCUGGGACGAGGGCGCGCUCCCAGAUGCCAAUUUAAUUGAGAAUCAGCAGCGGUGUAUGCACCACUGGCUUGACUACUUGGCCACGUCGCUGAACACCAACACUGUCAAGGAACAGUGCGAGGCCAUUAAGCUCCAGUUGGACACCGCGGCGACUAUCUGCAGGGACCUCCUCCCUACCCUCAAAAUGCGACGUGGCCGUCGCCAGCUAGCUCCAGCCUACAGGUACAAGGAAAUGGAACAUGGCUUCCUCACGUACCUACACGAGUCUUUCGCGCCGUGCAGCUGUGACCUCAUCUGCUUGCAGCUCUCGGACCUUCAGAACUUGGGAUUCACAGAUCACGGCCGGGACUUAUUGAGGGUCUUGGGGCCACGCCAAGCCAGGCACGUUCACACUACAGUUGCACGGGACGCCUCGGCGGGAGGGCAGCAUUUGGAGGACACCUUGGCUGAGCAUUUUCUCCUCCAUGCUCCAGAGGACUCCGCGCAGUUGGGCAGGAUGCUGUCUUCGGCGACGACGGUGCGGGCACGUGGUGGGCAUGCGGACAGUAGCCUCCUGGCGACGAGGCCCCCCUUGCCAGGUAACCCUUCGGAGUCGGCCAUCGCUGAUUUUUGGAAGACGCCAUUAUUGUCCGGCUCGGCUGGGAAACAGGUGAAGACCAUUGAUUUCUUCGAGCCGCCGGUGAGGUUGAUCACAGACGGUCCCCAUGGACCCCGGGUCCAGGAGACACACGUGGCUAUCAUCCGUUAUGGGGAGCGGGCUUCCGCAUCGCCUACAAUGCGCACGCACUGGUGGAAGGAGUCGCCUGGGGGCCUGAAGAAUCUCGACUCGAUUGUGCUCGACAUGGCGAACGACCAGGUCACGGACAUUAGCGCCUUGAUUCAUCAAUUUGGGGCGGAGGGCAUUGCGGGAUGGAGCAGGCUUUUGACAAGCCAGGCGGACCCGGAGAACUGGUCGCUUAUGUACGGUUACACCUCGACGAGUUCACCGGUGAAAAUCACGAUGAUUAUGCGGGGUCUUCGGCAUCAUCUGAGGGCCUUCCCAAACGUGAUCAUAGGACACACGCAGCUCCUCAACGACCCUGGUGCGCUCAUCCUCGAUUUCCAGGGCGUGGACGCGAUUAUCAGCGAGAUCCACGUGCAGAUCAAGGGUGACACCACGGAGGACCCUGGCGCCUGGCUCACGGUCCUGGCCAACAAGGUGGAGGAGUGGACCGGCAUCCAAUACGCAGCCCAG